UGUCACGACCUUCAUGUGCAGGAGAUACACCUGCAGCAGGUGACACACCUCCAGAUUACUGUCCAUAAAUACAGCUGCACUCAUCUGUGUUCAUUACUCCAGAGAGAUUCUCCACCUGGACAUCUUCUAUCAACAUCUCAACAUGGGCAACUUCGCUGAGUGCUGCCGAGGCUUCUGGUGUGGGAUGAAAAACCCUAACAUACGGGUCAGCCUGCCUGCGGUCUGUUUCAUCUGGCAGAUUGCUAUGAUCAUCUUGUUUGGACUCUUUGUGCGUUACAAUGAGGAAUCGGAUGCACACUGGUCUAAGUACAAGAAGGAGCAUAACAUAACAAGUGACAUUGAGAAUGACUUCUACUACAGAUACCCUAGUUUUCAGGACGUGCAUGUGAUGAUCUUCGUGGGUUUUGGUUUUCUCAUGACCUUCCUCAAGCGCUACAGCUUCGGCGGGGUCGGGUUCAACUUUCUCAUUGCGGCGUUUGGCAUCCAGUGGGCACUGCUGAUGCAGGGCUGGUUUCACUCGCUGGACCCUGUCGACGGAAUGAUCAAGAUUGGAGUCGAAAAUAUCAUCAAUGCCGACUUUUGUGUCGCCGGAUGUCUCAUUGCAUAUGGAGCUCUGCUGGGAAAAGUCAGUCCGGUCCAGCUGAUGAUCUUGACGCUGUUUGGCGUCACACUGUUCGCUGUGGAGGAGUUUAUUAUUCUUGAAGUUCUCCAUGUUAGAGAUGCAGGCGGUUCGAUGGUCAUCCACACAUUCGGGGGAUAUUUCGGUUUAACGGUAUCAUGGAUUCUGUAUCGACCCAAACUAGAGUGCAGCAAGAAUCUCAGUGGCUCCGCUUACCACUCUGAUGUCUUUGCUAUGAUCGGAACCCUCUUCCUCUGGAUGUACUGGCCAAGCUUCAACUCUGCCAUCGCAGACCAUGGAGACGGUCAGCAUAGGGCAGCCAUUAACACGUAUCUGUGCCUGGCUUCUUGUGUGCUCACCACGUUUGCCAUCUCUAGCCUUUCAGCCAAGAAAGGAAAGCUUGACAUGGUCCACAUCCAGAAUGCCACUCUGGCUGGAGGGGUCGCAAUGGGAACAGCGGCUGAGUUUAUGGUCACAACUUACGGGUCGCUGAUAGUCGGAUUUUGUUGCGGGAUACUGUCAACCUUUGGCUACUUGGUGCUCUCUCCAUUUAUGGAAAAGUAUCUGAAGAUUCAAGACACCUGUGGCAUCCACAACCUACAUGCCAUGCCUGGCCUCCUUGGAGGAGUUGUAGGGGCCAUCACAGCUGCAUUAGCCAGCGAGGACGUAUAUGGACAUGAGGGGUUGGUAAACACGUUUGAUUUUAAAGGGGAGUAUGCGACAAGGACACCUGGCACGCAGGGAGGUUACCAGGCUGCUGGUAUUUGUGUAGCCCUCGUUUUUGGCAUCGUAGGUGGCGCUAUAGUGGGCCUUAUCUUGAGAUUGCCAUUUUGGGGAGACCCUUCAGACGAGAACUGCUUUGAUGAUGAAGUGUAUUGGGAGGUACCUGAGGAUGAGGAGAGUCUUCCUCCCAUUCUAGAGUACAAUAAUCACAUGAUCAGCAAAAUGCCAGACAUGUCGGAGUCUAACUUCACUGUGGAGCAAAGUUAAUAAGAAUGAUGGACCACAUGAUGACCAGAAGGACUGUUGUGACCUUAAAGGAUGAAUUUGUUCAGUUUGUCCUCAGUAUAACAUUGAGUUUAAUGUAUAGAAAAGAUUGAAAAAUUAAUUUAUUGUGCUGUGUUGUCUUUGCUGCUCUGACGAUGAAUUUACUUAAAUUUUGAUAAAAGUGUAAAUAGUUAGGCCUAUUUAUCUACAGUAUGGUUAUUAAAUGUAUGUACUACAUUAUUAUAUAAAUAUACUACCUUUGAAAGGGUCAAUCACUGUAU